AUGACAACCCUCAAAUCCAACAAGGCCACCGCCCCCGUCAGCCUCAUGUCUAAACACAGCCUGUCCUCGUCUAAGAACAAGAGGAACCAGAGUAGAGGACACAGAAGAACCCCUGCAGCUGUAGCUGCUCAACUCGGACUACCUACGGCAGAGAGCACUGUUCGCCCUGAAGCUGUAGCUGCUCAACACGGACUACCUACGGCAGAGAGCACUGUUCGCCCUGAAGCUGUAGCUGCUCAACACGGACUACCUACGGCAGAGAGCACUGUUCGCCCUGAAGCUGUAGCUGCUCAACACGGACUACCUACGGCAGAGAGCACUGUUCGCCCUGAAGCUGUAGCUGCUCAACACGGACUACCUACGGCAGAGAGCACUGUUCGCCCUGAAGCUGUAGCUGCUCAACACGGACUACCUACGGCAGAGAGCACUGUUCGCCCUGAAGCUGUAGCUGCUCAACACGGACUACCUACGGCAGAGAGCACUGUUCGCCCUGAAGCUGUAGCUGCUCAACACGGACUACCUACGGCAGAGAGCACUGUUCGCCCUGAAGCUGUAGCUGCUCAACACGGACUACCUACGGCAGAGAGCACUGUUCGCCCUGAAGCUGUGGCUGCUCAACACGGACUACCUACGGCAGAGAGCACUGUUCGCCCUGAAGCUGUAGCUGCUCAACACGGACUACCUACGGCAGAGAGCACUGUUCGCCCUGAAGCUGUAGCUGCUCAACACGGACUACCUACGGCAGAGAACACUGUUCGCCCUGAAGCUGUAGCUGCUCAACACGGACUACCUACGGCAGAGAGCACUGUUCGCCCUGAAGCUGUAGCUGCUCAACACGGACUACCUAAGGCAGAGAGCACUGUUCGCCCUGAAGCUGUAGCUGCUCAACACGGACUACCUACGGCAGAGAGCACUGUUCGCCCUGAAGCUGUAGCUGCUCAACACGGACUACCUACGGCAGAGAGCACUGUUCGCCCUGAAGCUGUAGCUGCUCAACACGGACUACCUAAGGCAGAGAGCACUGUUCGCCCUGAAGCUGUAGCUGCUCAACACGGACUACCUACGGCAGAGAGCACUGUUCGCCCUGAAGCUGUAGCUGCUCAACACGGACUACCUACGGCAGAGAGCACUGUUCGCCCUGAAGCUGUAGCUGCUCAACACGGACUACCUACGGCAGAGAGCACUGUUCGCCCUGAAGGACAUAGUGGCUCGGCAUCUUUCUGAGAGAGAUGUGUCUGAAGACCAGCCUAUGCCUCCCAGCCCUGUUCUCCAGGCUUCCGCCACCACAGAACUGACAUCCAGAAAGAUCAUGUUCUCAACGUAUGCUGAUUACUCAGGAAAGAGACAGAAAAGAAAUGUCUCAGAAGGAGGUGAAUGCAUGCUGUCUAUCGCCUCCCACCUUAAGCCAUUUGCCAAUGAGGAUCUGGGUGCCUGUGAUGGUACUAACUCUUGCUUAACUGAGAUCCAGUGUGCACAAGUUGACACUCAACAACUUGACAGGCAGAUAAACAUUAUCAUGGCUGAGAUCCUUCCCAUUUUGAAGGAGCGUGUAGAGGAGGAGCUCUUCUUAUCUCCUGGCCUCCAUCAGACACAAGGUUCUGGCUCUGACAGAGCAAAGGGGCGGGAGCAAAGAAUUCAUCCGGUUCUUCCACAAACAGCUCAAUGAUGUUCUGCAGAGUUCCAUGGCUCAGUAUGCAGGGAGGCCGUUGAGAGAAAGUGGUGGUGAUCUACUGGGGGACCUCUCUGAGAUCAUCUUCAAUGAGCUGGCCUUCUUCCACCUGAUGCAGGACAUGAACAGCUCAGCAGUCAAGCAGAACAUUCAAUGCACCAACACCAUCACAGCUCCUGCAGUGAAAUGGACCUGCUACCCUGAUGAGACAAAAUCAUUGGCGGAACAACAGCCAUACCCGACAGCACUGGAAGAUGAAGAUAAAGACAAGGAUGAAGCAGAGCGGAGGGAGAAUGUGCUGAGGCAGGGGAAAGGAUGACUAGUUUGAAAGAAAACAGCUGCAAUGAUGCCUUAGAAGGAGAAGAAGUGGAAGAUC